UGUUGCUUGGAGACUUUCUUACAACUGCAACAGUGCAAUUCAGUACACCUUCAACUAUGGACCCUCAUGAAGAGAGGGACCACUGUAAUGAGCGCGAGAGGAUGAAGAUGAGAAUUGCUCUUCUGGAGGCGAGUGUGAAGUCCUGUGAGUUGGACUGUAGAUCCAGCAAAGAGACCAUCCACAGGCUCCUGUCAGAGCAGGACCAGGAGAGGAGGAAGACUGCCAACUCUGCAGCAGCCCUGGACUCACUUAAAGUGGAGUAUGAUGCCCUAUUGUCUGGAAAGCGAAGCACUGAAUCAGAAAAGCAGACUUUGUUAGAACAGUUGGAGGCUGGUAAAAAAGUUAUCAGUGCCGCUCAGAAAGAGUCCCAGUGUCUGGAGAAACAGGUGCAAGAGCUGGAGAGAAGGCUCCACAUCAGCGUAUCAGAGACAGAGGCUGCUCAGGGACGUCUGUGCAUGUUUUUAAAUAAAGUGAUAAAGGUUCUGCAGAGGGUCUCAACAAACACACUCCUGUCCACAGAGAAUAAUAUGGGACUGAACACGGAGGAGGUCUGCAAUAAGACCGUUUCAGAGAUGGAGACGAGACUGGCCCAAAUGUCUGCAGAGCUCAGUGAACAGACUGCACUUCAUCACAGCACUCUGCAGAGGGCUGAACUGGCCGAAAACCAGGCUCAAGACCUGAGAGAGCGACUGCACAGGCUAGAGAGCGAACUACUUACCAUGGAUGUGCUCAGAGAUGGACUACGGCAGGACAAACAACAGUAUGAAGAGUUCCUGGAGAAGCUCUCAGAGAUCCUGAAGGUGGAAACUAUUGCUCUGGAUGUGGGUUUCGAUAUGAGACUCAAGUUAAUACUGUCUAGAGCAGAGCAGCUAAUGAGACAAGAGGGCUCUGCUUUAAUCGAGAGCAAGUCCCUCACCUUCAGCCUACAGAGGAAGUUAAAAUCUCAGAAGGACCAGUUGGAGAGCAGAAGUUUGCACAUCCAGCUUUUGAGGAAGAAGGUUCUGGAGCUGGAGGAGGAGCGGAGGAGCAGGUCUGCACUGGCCAUUCAUAGAGAGGACGCCCAGGCUGAGAAUAAACGACUGCAGAAGAAAGUGGAGAGACUUCAGUCUGAGCUCCGAGCCACCAGACUGUCCACCACCGAGCUCAAGGCCCAGCUGAGCCACACCGACGAGCUGAAGUUAAAAGUGAUGGAGCAGAACCAGACAGUACAGGAGCAGAAGAAGAAACUGGACCAGUUGGAAGAGAGAAAGGUCAAAGUGGAGAAGAAACUAACCUCUGUGACCUCUGACCUGGAAGUGAAAGACAGGAGGAGUAAAGAGGACCAGCAAGAGCUCAGCACCCUGAGACAGAGCCUGAAACUGUUGUCAGAGAAGGAGAGAGAGCUGGCAGAUUUCCGCACGGAUGUUUCCCAGAUAGUCGGUUUGGAUACCUCUGUUGGGGAUGUUUCUAAUCAUGAAGUCCUCCAACUCCUGGAUUCUGCUCUUAAUCAUCACCACCAUCACCACCACCUGCAUCCCUGUGAUGGAAGGCUUUGGCUCUGUCCCGCUCACCAACAGAGGGUGCCCCAAAACCAACAUUACCCUGAAUCUUCAGUAGACAUGUCUACAGCAAGAUCACAUAGUCUGAACGACUCUGGUAUUGCAUUCAAAUAGCACAUUUCUUUUC